AUGCCUAUGCUGGAUCAGUUGGUGCAGACUCAGAAUCCAAGGCCAGGAGACUUGAUUCAGUCAUUGCGACCGUUUACUGCUGGAGCAGUUCUGAACGCGCCUGUGUUGGAUCUGAUUGCUCUUGUGGAACACGUUGAUCCGCUGGUUGCGAAUACUGCAGCUUAUGCUGCAAUUGGCGCCAUCAAGCGACUGCACACAAUGCAAGUAGCACCAGCGACUCCGCAGCUGGACACGCUUGUGAGCAUGGAGUACAACGACGCAAUGGGUACAGCUGAAGUCAGGCAGAGAGCAUUCCAACUUUGUCGGCUCGGCGUGAUAGCUCAGCUAGCUCGCUUGAAGGCGCAGAGGCGAGAGUUUCCAACUGUGCAGAGUUCGCAGGAAUCGGAUCUACUGUCAAGUAGCCGCAGACGGUGA